GUUCAUGCUUGUGUUUCAGUGAGUAUCCCGCCACCAGAGGGAGAGAAUGGGGAGGAGGAGGAAGAAGAAGACGGAAAUACAGGAAAAGGGAGGAAAGGAAUGGAGAACCUCCCAUCCAUCCAUGAAAUCUCCGAAGAAGAGGCAAGGCAAGCUCUACACAAACACGCCCAACACAAGACCUGCUAUGGCACCACCACCGCAAAACGCAUGGCCAUCACCAAGAUCAUCUCCUCCUCCGCCUUCCAUUACGAGCUGCAGACAUUCACAGAGAAGCGGGAGACGUCAUGGGCCUUCACGCCCUACGGAGGGGGAGGGGGAGGGGAGGGUGAAGACGGAAGUCACAAUGGAGCCCCGUUGCCCUGGGACAUCCCUGCUUCGCCUUCACGGCUCUUCCACGAUGAGGUCAAAGUUCUUGACGUCCCCGGGACGACUUCCAUCAAGGAAUGUCAUCGAUGCCGAGGCGCUGGGAGCCUUCUCUGCAACGAAUGCCACGGCAAGGGAUGGACGGCUUGCAUGACGUGCCAUGGGGAUGGGUGGAGGACGGACUCCCACGGUCAACGGGAUCUUUGCUUUUACUGCCAGAGCAGCCGUCAUGGGCAUGGAAAACAGGAUUGCCUCCAGUGCAAUGCACACGGAUGCGUUGCCUGUCCGACCUGCGAUGGAUUCGGCCAGCUCCGCUGCUUCAUCCGACUUACCAUCACCUGGAAGACGACGACAUCCGAGCACAUCGUGGAGAGAAGUUGCCUGCCCGAGGGCUGCAUCCGGACGGUGUCAGGCCAGGUAGCCUUUGAAGAGGAGCACUCCAGGGUUCUUCCACUCAGGGCAUUCCCUGAUGAGACUAUCAAGAUGGCCUCUGCCCAGCUGGUCCAAGAUCAUGCGGCUCGCUUCCACGACCAGAGGAUCCUUGCUCAGACACAGGGAAAAAGAGGAUUCAGAUCUUGGAAGACCUGGAUGCGGAGGAGGAGACGAGGGAGAGGCAUUGGGCAGAGGUUCACCAAUGUCACUGACAUCUCCAAUAUUUCCCCUGGACCACAUCCUACCUCAUCCCCUUCUGUCUCCCUUCCGUUCACACGAACCUCUGGACAAAAGAAAAAAGAUUCACAGCAUACUUUGGCAUGGAGUGACUUGUUAAGAGAGGCUGCAGUUCCUGUUCCUAUGGGACCAAGGCUGGAGUGCCUGCUUCCACUGGAGGACUUCAUGGACACACUGGAGUCACUCCUCUUUGGCAGGAAAUUCCCUAAGAUGAUACCUCCUCUCAAUGACUGGGACUGGAAGGAAAAAAUGGGUUGUGCCAUAAGUACCCAUGCUGACAAAGAAGCCAUUGAAAGGUCCAAGAAGAUUGACAAGGAUCUAAGAGCUGAUGGGGAGAGAGCUGCCAGAGAAGUCAAGUUACUCUUGCUUGGCGCUGGAGAGAGUGGUAAGAGUACCAUUGUGAAGCAGAUGAAGAUCAUCCAUGAAACAGGGUAUUCCAGGGAGGAAUGUGAGCAGUAUCGACCAGUGGUUUACAGUAACACAAUUCAAAGCCUGAUGGCCAUCAUCAGAGCCAUGGGACAAUUGAAGGUUGAAUUUGCUGAUCCAUCUCGAACAGAGGAUGCCCGGACAUUUUUCACUCUUGCAAGUGCAGUGGAUGAAGGAACCAUGACUCCUGAGCUCUCUGCUGUCAUGAAGCGUCUAUGGACAGACAAGGGGGUUCAGCAUUGCUUUCAUCGCUCCCGAGAAUACCAGUUGAAUGAUUCGGCUGGGUAUUACCUGAAUGCCCUGGAUAGAAUCUCCCAGCCUGGAUAUGUGCCAACCCAGCAGGAUGUGCUCAGAACUCGAGUGAAGACCACAGGGAUUGUUGAAACUCAUUUUGAAUUCAAAGGAUUACAUUUCAAGAUGUUUGAUGUUGGAGGUCAGAGAUCAGAGAGAAAGAAGUGGAUUCAUUGCUUUGAAGGUGUCACUGCCAUAAUAUUUUGUGUUGCUUUGUCUGGUUAUGACCUUGUGCUGGCUGAAGAUGAGGAGAUGAAUCGUAUGAUUGAAAGCAUGAAAUUGUUUGAUUCCAUCUGUAACAACAAGUGGUUUGUUGACACAAGUAUCAUCCUUUUCUUGAACAAAAAGGACCUUUUUGAAGAGAAGAUCACCAAAUCACCUCUCACUAUCUGCUUCCCUGAAUACACCGGUUCAAACACUUACGAGGAAGCAGCUGCCUACAUCCGGAUGAAGUUUGAAAAUCUGAACAAGAGGAAAGAUCAGAAAGAGAUCUUCACUCAUUUCACUUGUGCCACUGACACCAACAACAUCCAAUUUGUUUUUGAUGCCGUCACAGACAUCAUCAUCCGCAACAACCUCAAGGACUGUGGCCUCUUCUAAACGCUUUGUUCUUUUUUAUCUCCAUGCCAUUGGUCUUCCUUCAUGUCUGAUUGGAUGUUCAGACAUGAGUCUAAAUGAAAGGCACAAAUAUUUUGGUGAGAGGUGAGGUUUUCUUGAAAAGGAGCUGCAAACUCUGCCUCCUUCAAAUACUCGUAAUAUAAUCUUGAAGCAUUUGUCCUCGCUCUCUUCUUUGCCGUGUUCAGCCAAAGAGACCUCUCAGUUGCCAUGACAUAAGGAAUUGAACGAAUGCAGAAUCUCUAAAUUUUUCACUCUCCUUCUCUGUGAUCUUUUCUAUCUUGUGGGAUGUUUCCUUGUGAUAGUCCUGGUGCCAUGUAUCUCUUCCUUCUGCUCUUCCAUUUGAGGCCAAAUCUUUUUCAUAUCAUUUGGAGAACUUUCUUCACAGCUCAAAUUGUGAAUCUCUUAACCUAUUUCUGUAUGACAUGCUUUAAAAUAUUCUCCACUUUUUUUAUGACUUCAUUACAGUAUUCCUUGUGUUUUGUUUCUGUGGGUUUUUAUCUUUGUACUCUUUUGAUAUGCAGGCGGCAUUGAGUGCCAUGACUUCAUUCCUUCUUCUUUUGUCAUCUAUAAAAAAAAAUUUGUCUUGCC